CCCGGCUGGUCCUGCACUACAGGGUGGACGUCCUGCUGGUCCUGCACCACAGGCAGCACRUCCUACAUGACCCGGUGCCACUGAGAGGAUCAGUAUGUUCAUUUAGUCUCGCUGUAGGAUCCUCUGACAUCUGGCUUUGACAUGGAAGCUGGAAAACAACUUUAAUAUUCUCAUGAUGACAGUCCCAGGGACGUGUGGAAAACAUCCUGAGACGUUCAGAAUGACUGAAAACUGGAGGUCUGGCCACAGAACCAAACAUACUGGUUGCUUCAUACACUUACAAGACAGAUACGUCUCUGUUGAAGAGAUGUACAUUCAGAGAAAACAGUAUGUGUUCAUUUGCUUUUAUUGUUAGCAACAUUUCUUAUUAAACAGGGACUGAAAUUCUCAUAAAGAAAAAUAAACGGAAACAUCACAAUGAUGCAUGAGGAUGAGAUACAUGACAGUAAAAUAGAAUAUUUGACCUUUUGUUUCAUGGUCUUAAUUGUAAGCUUUCAGCAGAGAUGUGUAGAGUUGCACUAGCUGAAGGCUGCACAGAAUGAACAGUCAACAUCAGUAUUUUGAACAAUGGCUGUGCUGGUUUUGGGGACUGGAUUCCUCAGGCUCAUUCUUCAGAUAUUCACACAAGCAURCAACACUCAUGGCRUCAGAUACRCACACCCCUAACUCACUUACCCCUCUGGCUAAUAAAUGUGCUCUAUGCAGAGGUUUUUUUUAAAUAAACACCAUAGUGUGUCACAUUGUUGAUA